ACUCACUUGAACUAGAUAGAACAAAAAUUGUUAAAAGAUCAUAGGUUAAUGUUGUUUGUUUUCUCCUUCUAUAAUCGCUUUUCUCUUCUUCCUUUCAUCGUCAUAUCUUCCUCAAUCAUAUCCUUCCACAUAUUAACCAAACAUCUUUUUUCAUCCUCCUUUCCUUACUCACAGCACAGUCACAAAUAGCUCUAUUUUCAACCAAAACUCACUCACUCACUCAUUUCAUCUUCCCCACCAAGCUUCUUCUUUUGUCCUCUUUUUCUUCACUCACAGUCAAAUAUACGUAUAUCUACUUUCCAAAGAAAAGUCACUUGCUUUAGCAAAACCCAUUUUCAGUUUCAGCUAAACUCACUUUUUUCCACUAAAGUUUGCAUUUUUCUGCCUUACCAUGAACCGUGAACCUAAACUCGAACCUGGGUCACCUUCCUCCAACCACGUGAUUCUUGAUAGAGACGAAGAUGAUGAAGUUGGAGCAUUUCCUAUGACAACUCUUGACUUAGAAGGAAUGACUAUCCCAGAUCUUGUUCAAGUAUUGCUUGGAUCUUUACAGAUGGAAACUUAUGAAAGAGUUGAAGGUGUUUUGGUGAGAAGGGAUUUGGCACUCAAAGACCAGAUUCAACACUUACAUAAGAAUGUUGAAAUGGAAAGACAACAACUUCAAAUGGAGAAACUCUCAAGGUUAAAGGCUGAGGAAGAGUUAAAGAAAAGAGAGGAAAUUUGUCAGAAAAUGAAGAAAGUACAAGAAAGUUAUAAUGCUCUCUUGAAGGAAGCCAAGACGGCUGAAAAAACUCAUAAUAAGUUGAAACAAGAAAGUAAGGAAACUAUUGAAUUUCUAAGAAAGAGAAACGUUGGGUUGAAGUGUGAGGUUGACAGGUUGAACGAAAAAAAGAUGGAGGAAGACCAUGAACUUGAAGUGUUGAGACAAAAGAAUGGUGAGUUGGAGUGUGAGGUUAAUAAAUUGGAAGAAGAAAGGGUGGAGGAUGGGAACAAAUUUGAUGUGUUGAGAAAAAAGAAUGAUGAGUUGGAGUGUGAGGUUAAUAGGUUGAAGGAAGAUAUGGUGGAGUAUGGGAACAAAUUUGAAGUGUUAAGAAAGAAGAGUGAUGAGCUAGAGUGUGAGGUUAAUAAUUUGAAGGAAGAUAGGGUGGAGGAUGGGAACAAAUUUGAAGUUCUAAGAAAAAAGAAUGAUGACUUGAAGACUGAGGUUAAUAGGUUGACGGAAAAAACGGCGGAGGAUGGCUGUGAGCUUGGUGUGCAGAGAAAAGUGACUGGUGAGAUGGAGAAUAAGGUUUUGGAGUUGACAAAGUUGAAGGAAAAAUGGGAGGAAGAUUGUAUUGUGUGGGCUGGAAUUGAGAUUAAAAAUGGUGAAUUGAAUGAAACAGUAAACAAGAAUUUGGCAACUAUAAGAGAAUUGAGGAACGAAAAUAGCAAAUUAGCAAAUGAUAAGCACAAUGUUGACAUAUUACUAGCGUCUUGGAUCACGAAGUUUAGAGUCUUGCAUGAAAAAGUUUCAAGGCUGGAGGAUGAUUCCAAACUAUUGAUGAGCUUAAAUGUCUCUGGUGGUGGAAACAAUGAGAGGGAUCCUCCAGUUGAUUUUAUGGCUGCUGAUUCUGAAGAGAAAGACAAAGAGAAAGAGUCUGAAGUUAAAGAUGCAUCAUCAGAUGAUGUGCUUGAAAUGUUAUCUCAAAAACUGCAUUGUUCUGCACCAGUUGGUCAUGUCGAAGUACCUGCACCAAUUGUAGCACCUUCUGCAAGUCAGGUUGAUCCUGUUGCAAAUGCACCAGUUGCAAUACCUUAUGUGCCUGAUCCUACAAAUGGAAAUAAAAGGAAGUCAAAAUCAUUACAUGUUAAGGAUGUCAAGAAAGCUAAAGUCAGGUCUAGUCAUGUUAAGGAUGUCAAGAAAGCCAAAGUCAGGUCUAGUCAUGUUAAGGAUGUCGCGAAAACCAAAGUCAGGUCUAGUGAUAGACUUAGAAAAUUGAAAACCAAGAUGAUUGCUGGUCUAGGCAAAGAUGCAAGCAGCCCAUUUGUAAUUGAAGACAGUGAUGAGGGUGAUGGUAUUGAUAAAGGUGAUGGUAUUGAUGAUUAACCAGAGAGACCAAAAGAUUGGUCCAUGCAUGCAGGCAAUUAGGACACUGAAGACUUCAUAUGACAUUAGCAGGAGGCUCACACAAUGAUUGAUGUCUUCUUGUUAUCUUGUUUUUUCUGAAGUAAUCAGUAACUUUAUUUUGGAUGUAAUACACACAAAAGUGUUAUGAACCAUCUAUUGUGGUAUUGUUAUCUUUUUUAUGUAUUAUUAGUAACUUUAUUUUGGAUGUAAAUACAAAAGUGUUAUGAACCACUUCGAGCGGUCUCUGUGUCUUUUGAUGAAUUGUUAGUAACUUUGUUUUGGUUGUAAACAUUAGUGGUAUGUAUGAUUAAUGAAGGAAAUUUGAUGGUUCA